UCAGUCACGUAUAUAAGAGCCACCGAGCAAACAACGCCACCGUCCAUCUUACGGUAAAGAGCCAUAUUAAUUUAGUACUUAUAUAUGUACAACUUAUGUACAAAUAAGUUGUGAUUUUUCUGUACAGUAACACUAUCGUUUAAGAUGAGUGAGGAAAAUAAAGACGAAAAGAAUGUAUUAUUUACAUUUGAACAUGUUUUUACAAAAAUUGCAAAUUCGACAGGCAAGAUGAAGUCACCUGAAUUUGAAACACCAAAAAUUCCAGGUGUUAAAUUUUCAAUUACCGCUUGUAUACUUUAUCACAAUACGGUGGACGUAGAAGUAAAAAAGAACGAUAUUAGAAAAGCUGUUUCAAUUAUAAAAAUAUACUUUGGUGGAUCAAAUUCAACUAGGCGCGUUGUUAAUUGGAAAGAUAGAUUAUGUUUUGAGACAUUGAAUAUUCCUUUUGAUUUUGACGUAUGCGAUAAAUAUAUUAAUUUACCAAAUUUUUGUUGCCAAAAAGACAUCGGUCACGAAUAUACAGUGCCAAUAACUUGUGAAAUAAUUUGGAAUGGAUUCGUUGAAGAUUUGUAUUAUUCAGAUGUGAGCACUCAGAUGAAAAUUUUAUAUGACGAUAAAGAACUUACGGACAUGUUAAUUAAAAUUGAAGACGGCGAAUUUCCAGCUCAUAGAAGUAUCAUUUCAGCACAAAGUCCUGUAUUCUACAAAAUGUUAACUUCUGGUAUGAAAGAGUCCAAAGAAAAUAGUAUUACAUUUCCGGAUACUGACACUGAUGUCAUAAAAGAACUGCUUCUGUUCAUCUACAAGGGAAAAAUGGACAAAGCUGAAACAGACGCUGAACUCGCUUUAAAAUUAUGCAACUUUGCGCAUAUGUAUCAAAUCGAUCAAUUAAAAAUAACGUGUGAAUAUAUUUUAAUAAGAAGCUUGACUAUUGAAAAUGCACCUGCUAUUCUCGCUGCAGGUAAGAUUAUGGAAUCGGUUAUAUUACAGCAACAAGCAAGUGCUUUUAUUACAUUGAAUAUAUCUGCCAUGCUGGCUAUUCUAAUGAUAUAAUAUAUGGCAAUAUCAAGAUUAAUUCAUUUAAUUUUUUGUUUAUUCAUAUGAAUUAACAAUUGACAAAUAUGUAUCAUAUUAAUACAAUAGCAAAUUGAAAAAGUUUGGAAAAUCCAUCAGUGCACGCCUCAUAAUGUUAAUUCAUU